CCCAUUCUCUCCUCAUCCAGCUCAAUAGACUCCAUAACGUCCAACGACCAGCUCCCACUUCAAAGAUAGUUAUGCAGAUUGCUUGCUUUGGCAUUUUUCCAGAUUUGGAUCGGAAAGAAAUACAUUUUCCCAAGGUUAAGAAAUGGGAGACUGGUCCAUUCUUGGUCGCUUCUUAACGGAGGUUCAGAACCACUCCACGGUGAUCGGCAAGAUCUGGCUGACCAUGCUCCUCAUCUUCCGCAUCCUGCUGGUGACCCUGGUGGGGGACGCAGUGUACAGCGAUGAGCAGUCCAAGUUCACCUGCAACACCCUGCAGCCUGGUUGCAACAACGUCUGCUACGACACCUUCGCCCCAGUCUCACACCUGCGUUUCUGGGUCUUCCAGAUAGUGCUCGUCUCCACACCGUCUAUCUUCUACAUUGUCUAUGUGUUGCACAAGAUAGCCAAGGAUGAGAAGUUAGAGCCUGAGAAGAUCCAUGAGGUCGCCAAGCCUCCUCCUGCACGUGAAAGUCUCAAACAUGUAGGGGUGGAGGAUGGGGAAUCCCUGGAGGCCAGCAACCGCUCCUUCAACCCCUGCUAUGAGAAGGAGUGGGGCGCCCGGGAGGGGGGGUAUGUGGAGCAGAGCCUGCUGGAGGAGGACUUGAGGGAGGUGGGGAAGGAUCCCACCGAGCUGUCCAGCCAAGUGCUGCUGACCUACAUCAUUCACGUGGUGCUGCGCUCCAUCAUGGAGAUAGCCUUCCUAGUGGGCCAGUACUACCUGUUUGGCUUUGAAGUGCCUCAACUGUUCCGCUGUGAGACCUACCCCUGUCCUAACUGGACUGACUGUUUUGUGUCUCGUGCCACGGAGAAGACCAUCUUCCUCAACUUCAUGUUCAGCAUCAGCCUGGGAUGCUUCAUCCUGAACAUUGUGGAGCUGCACUACCUGGGCUGGGUCUAUAUUUUCCGUGUGCUGUGCUCUGCCUGCUCUACAUGCUGCGAGCCAGAGAGGGACCCUGUGGAACUUGUGGACCUGUAUCACAACCACAACCCUCUGCUGCUGCAGCUCAAACACUCCCUACGAGGCAGGGUGGUCCUGCAGACCUCCCCUCCCAUGUCCCAGGAGAAGAGCAGUGGUGUGUUGCCCACCCACACCCCAGCCAUCUCCUUUGAGACUGACUCCACAGUAGAGUGCACCUCCAAGAGAAGCCCAGAUGAGAAAGAACGCACUAAGGCCAAACUGGCCAACAUAACUAAAAUAGGCAGAGGCAAGAAAUCCUGGCUGUGAACUGUCAAACUGUGUAUUUUUUCUUUCCGUUGAAUAUUCUUCUUUUGCUUCUUCCAAUCAACUGAAGAUGGAUUACAGUUGUUUACAGUAAGACUGCAAAAGUAAUAGUCCUUUGAGUCUUUUGCAGUGAAUCUUUAGAAAUUCCAUAGGAGUACCCAUAGCCCGCAAAAGCAUUGCAAACUGGAUGUGCUCACAUUUCUGUGUGUACAUGGGUAGAAAUGAUCAACUUUAAUAUGCAACCACUUUGGUGACUUGGUCGUUCCACCAAUUAGGUGCCGUUUGAGUAUUGAAAAAAAAGAAGUUUUAUUUCACCUAAUUUUAACAUUCUAUCAUAAAGAGCACAUGUACAGCCUAAUGAAAAACCCAUUUGCCCAUUUCAGUAGGUUACAUAAAACAAACGACUAUAGUAUGUGCCUAAUAAGUGCCAAAUAAAGUAACAAGGUUGACCGUAACAGGGUGGUGAUUUAAUAUUAAAUCAGCAAUAAAUCCCCUUGUGACAGGGGGAAUGGAAGCUUGUUGUGUGCAACAGGGAGGGGCAAUUGAAUGCAAGCUUCACCAAAAAUGUUUAAUUGUUAAAUCAUUUCUGGCCUAUCUAGGGGUAAUAGGAUUGAUGUGUUAUGCUGGACCUGCUUAAUUUUCCACCACAAAACACCAGAAAAUGGUCAUAAAGAGUAGAACUGGCAUUUACACAAUGAUUUGACUAUGAGAUCAUGUUCAGUGUCUCUUUUGAAUAGUUUAACCAUACUCAAACAGUCCAGUUGAGAUAACAGGGUUGACCUAAAAAAAUAUAAUCUUAAAAUGAAUCACUAAUGACAUAAAAUAAAUAAUACUCUUCAGAAAUGACUUUUCCAACAUAACCAGGGCUUUAUAAUGAUGGUGAAAACUUGGAGAAAUGUUGUGGUUAAGUGGGUUAAAAAUCUUCCUAAAAGUCACAGAGGAUGCACAGAGGCACUUUAGUAAGUCUUGAAUUCAUAUACAAAAUCUGAUUGAUUUAAUUUUCCAUGUGGUCUAUAUUACAGGGCACUUCAUUAAAUAUAACAGGCUUUUAUUUCUGCAAAACCUUUACUUAGAAUGUCAAAGUGAUGCAGAAAGCAUUAAUAUUGUCGAACGACCCAACUAUUCAUAUCACAUCUGUAGUAUAACCAAUGAAAUGGUUUCAAAAGGAAAUAAUACUUGCCACAAUUUCAACAUAUAUAAUAUACAUUUAAAUUAAAUAAAAAAACUUUAAAAAAAACAAUUUAUCAAGUUAUUAUUACAAAAGUGGUUUGUUGGCAGUUUUUGUCAUAAAAUGUUCUUCUUAGUUACACUACCAGUUUUACCUCAUACUAAUAUCUAGAAAAUCUAAGAGAAGAUGGCCCCUUUCUCUUGAUUAGAAGAUUACUUUAGUAACUUUAACAAGGUAUCUUGAGAGCAGGUGAGUGAGAGAAUACCAGGAGUGUGCAAAGCUGUCAUCAAGGCAAAGGGUGGCUAUUUGAAGAAUGUGUUAUUUUAUCGUUUUGAUGUCUUCACUAUUAUUCUACAAUGUAGAAAAUAGUAAAAAGAAAGAAAAAACCUUGAAUGAGUAGGUGUGUCCAAACUUUUGACUGGUACUGUAUAUAAAAACAUUUUCCUUAAAGUAUAUUUUUAAGGGGGGUAUACAGAAUAUUUGGUAAAAGUUUAAGUCCAUAUUAUGGCAAGAACAGCUCAAAUAAGAAAAUAAAAACAAUGCAUCAUUAAUUUAAGAUCAGGUCAGUCAAGAUGGAACAUUUCAAGAACUUUGAAAGUUUCUUCAAAUUCAGUUGCAAAAACCAUCAAGCGCUAUGAUGAAACUGGAAAUCACGGGGACCGCCACAAGAAUGGAAGACCCAGAGUUACCUCUGCUGCAGAGGAUACGUUUAAUACAGUUAAAUGCACCUCAGAUUGCAGCCCAAAUAAAUGCUUCACAGAGUUCAAGUAACAGGCACAUCUCAACAUCAACUGUUCAGAGGCGACUGCAUGAAUCAGGCCUUCACGGUCGAAUUGCUGCAAAGAAACCACUACUAAAGGACACCAAUAAUAAGAAGAGACUUGUUGGGGCAGAAACAUGACCAAUGGACAGAAACAUGAGCAAUGGACAGAAACAUGAGCAAUGGACAUUAGACCGGUGGAAAUUUGUCCUUUGGUCUGGAGUCUAUUCUGGAGUCCAAAUUGGAGAUUUUGGUUCCAACAGCCAUGUUUUGUGAGACGUUGUGUGGGUGAACGGAUGAUCUCUGCAUGUGUAUUUCCCACCAUAAAGCAUGGAGGAGGAGGUAUUAUGAUGUGGGCUGCUUUGCUGGUGACACUGUCUCUGAUUUAUUUAGAAUUCAAGGCACACUUAACCAGCAUGGCUACCACAGCAUUCUGCAGUGAUACACCAUCCCAUCUGGUUUGCGCUUAGUGGGACUAUCAUUUGUUUUUCAACAGGACAAUGACCCAUCACACCUCCAGGCUGUGUAAGGGCUAUUUUACCAAGAAGGAGAGUGAUGGAGUGCUGCAUCAGAUGACUUGGCCUCCACAAUCACCCAACCUCAACUAAAUUGAGAUAGUUUGGGAAAGAGUUCGACCGCAGAGUGAAGGAAAAGCAGCCAACAAGUGCUCAGCAUAUGUGGGAACUCCUUCAAGGCUGUCGGAAAAGCAUUCCAGAUGAAGCUGGUUGAGAGAAUGCCAAGAGUGUGCAAAGCUAUCAUCAAGGCAAAGGGUGGCUAUUUGAAGAAUCUCAAAUAUGACAUAUAUUUAGAUUUGUUUAACACUUCUUUGGUUACUACAUGACUCCAUAUGUGUUAUUUCAUAGUUUUGAUGUCUUCAUUAUUAUUCUACAAUGUAGAAAAUAGUAAAACAUAAGAAAAACCCUUGAAUGAGUAGGUGUUCUAGAUUUUUGGACUGAUAGUAUAUAUGACUUGUUAUACCUGUACUGUACCUGUAACCCCCUUCUGAAAAAAUGAAAUAAAAAGUUGGUCACAAAAAAAUAAAUAAAUGCCUUGUAGAACUGGGAGCUCAUUUCAUAAUCAAACACUGGUUUGGUAAAUUUGAUCUCCAGGAUUUCUUUUGUCAUACAUUUUUUUGGGGUGUCAUGAAGAUGUUCUGUUUGGUGUUAAUUGAUGUCAUUGACUUUUAAAUACUGUGUACCAGGCAUCUUUCAUCCCUGCCAUUAAUCAAUGCUGUAUAAAAUCGCUACUGAGCUGAUUUGAGCUGUGUUUUUUGCUUAUCUUACUGACUUUCACAACAGAUUCAGCCCUACUGACUGAGCUGAAACAAUGCAAUGUUAUCAUGAUUGAGUAGAUUAUUGAAUAAAAUAAUU